CAGGACUUCGUGGGUGAGGAGCCAUAGAGCUGCAGCUACCAGCUCCUCCCACGCAAUGCUGACCUGCAGCGCUGCUGUUGACAGCAUGUUCCCCAAGUCGAUACUGAUUCUGGGGCUCAUUGUGCUGGGCCUUCAUGCCUGCACUUGUAAAUUUGUGGACAUUGCUAAGAGCACCACUUACUUCACCCUGUGUGUGGAAUUUGCCGUGUUUCAGUACAACGAAGCACAGCCAGAUGAGUUUGCCUACAAGUUGCUGUGGGUGCGACGCAGUCAGCAAAAGAUACUUAGUUGGACAUAUUUGAUGGACUUGGACAUGGGUCGCACAAUUUGUAAAAAACAUGAUGAAGACAUAAACAACUGCCACUUGCAAGAAGGCCCAGGAAAGAAAACGGUGAGCUGUACUUUUGUGGUGAAUAUCAUCCCUGUACCCAUCCAUUUCACCCUCUUGAAUAGCACCUGUCUGCGGAUGAAGAUUAGGGAGGACCCUGUCUUUUCUCAGGAAACAGAUUUCUUUUACUAUGGAGAUUGACAGAUUGUCUAUAGUCCUAUGUUUGUUCAGCACUAGAACAAAUAAAGGCAUCUCAGAGCA